GGCCGGUGAGGGGCGGGGGCGAGGGGAGGCAAGUUAUAAAUGGCGGGAAGGCGGCCAGGAAGGGAAGCCAGCAAGCGAACAAGGAGGUGGAGGCGCAGGCGCGACAGAGCAUGAACGCGGCCGUGUGGCUGUUGCUGAGCGCGGGGCUGAACUUAGGCAGCUUUGAAGGAGAAGCUCGGCCGUCCAUUGAGUGUUACGAAGAAAAUGGGCCUUCUAUUGAGCUGCUGAAGGUGCACCCAUUUGUACCAUCAGAUAUUUCUGGCCUCGAUGCAAAGAUCAUUGAGAGGCAUGGAAAGUGCAACUUUAAUAUAACCUGGAUCCUUGGUGUAGACGCGAGCAUUAGAUUCCUGAAUGCCUCCAAGAUAUGUUUGCAGAAGGAAGGAAGUCGAAGCUGUAUUAGAUGUGAUUACACAGAAAGGUUUCAAACCCAAACCAUGCUCAGUGGUGAGAAAUGGCAGUUCUACUAUACUGGGUUCCCAGUAGAUGAAAAUAAUGAAUACCACAUUGAAGUUUUCAACCUACCGCCACCAAAUCCGGGUCAAGAUUAUCCUAAAAAACACAUAAAACGAUAUUCUCCAGGUUGCAAAGACAGUGAGUUAAAAUACUGUAAAACUUGCAUAGAGAAAGGAAGCUUAUGGGACCCAAAUAUAACUGUAUGCCACAAGAAGUCAGAAGUGGUAGUGAACUUUACAGCAAGUCGCUUUUGUUUCAAAUAUGUAAUCCGCCUUCAUGAUCCAUCAGGUGAUCUGUAUGAUCAUAUCGUGGCUACCAAGGGGAAUGAUACUAGAAUUUCUGAAAAAAUACUGCUGACUGAUCAAAGCAACAAAACCUUUAAAGAGCUAAUUCCUCGUUUUCCGCUGUGUGAAGGUCGUUGCCCAAGACACUCAAAGCAUCAGGAGCAGUGUACUAAAGAACUUCCAGAUGUCUCAACAGAUUUUGUAGGCAAUUACAUAAUUAUUUGUUGCCUACUUGCUUCCUUAUUUCUGGUAGUAUGCAUGGUUGCUGCUCUACUGCAAUACAGGAGGAAGUAUGGUACAGGCAGAAACUGGGCUCUUGCUCCACUAAUGCAACACAUACCUGCUACAAUCCUUGUUGUAUAUUCCCAAGAAGUAUGUUUUCAGCAUACUGUCCUUGCUUUCGCUGAAUUUCUACAUGAAUGCUGUCAAAGUAAUGUCAUUAUAGAUGCAUGGCAAAAACUGAGAAUUGCUGAAAUGGGACCAGUACAGUGGCUUGCAACUCAGAAAGAAAUUGCUGAUAAAAUUAUUUUUCUCAGUCCAAACAAUGCAAAUCCUGCAUGUGAUUCGACUUGCAGAACAACUGUAGACAGCCACAGUGGGAACUCUGAAUGUAUGUUCAAGUUUGCAUUUAACCUUUUUUGCAGUGACUGGAAAAACCAGUCUUCUCUCCAUAAAUACAUGGUGGUUUCUUUCAGUGAAAAGAAUCCAACUAACAGUCUCCCAAGUCCUUUGAAUAUUUGUCCAAAGUAUGUCCUAAUGAAGGAUAUUGACUCCUUUUGUAGAGACCUUUCAGAGCCCAAAAUAUAGUGAACGUACAAAGUUAAAGUGCAUAUGGAGCCUUAAGGCAAAACUUAAAUUACAAGUAUAGGACUAAAAUAAACGUAUAAAACAGUUGAACCUCAGAAUCUGUCUUUGAAUAUGGUAUCUUUCUCUCUCUUAAAAAUGAGUUAAUUCUGUAAAUCAGAAAUUUCUGCACACCUCAUGCUUAAGGAUGAUUUAUAUGGCAAGUGGCUCUGUGGCACGAAGAGCGGAUACAAAUACAUUCUAAAACAAUUCAUGCAGUGUUCUACUUAUGGAGUACAUAAAAUUAAGAACUAAUAACUUUGUAUACAGUAUUGUAAGUGUUUGUUGGGCUUGUGGCAUCAUAAAA